AUGGCCUCUACUUCUGAAGAGCCAACCCUACUUCAUCCUCGCCAGAAGAUAUGGCAACUAUAUAUUGCGGACGCGCACAGCCGUGAUAAGGCUCGCUUGGAACAAUGGAAGGGGGACACUGAGGGCAUUCUCAUCUUCACUGGUCUUUUUGCGGCGACGGUUGCGACGUUCGUCGUGAGCACUCUGCCCAUGCUCUCGCCCGACUCCGGAAACCAGACCGUGGAGCUUCUCCAGGUUCUGAUAUCUAUCUCGAACAGUAGCAGCCCGGGGAUUGUCGUCCCGGCUGCCGACGUGGCCGCUAUCACAUCGACUUUCGAUGUGCCGAGUUCAAUCGUCUGGUUGAAUGCCUUUUGGAUCGUCAGUCUGUUCUUAGCCCUGUCGGUUGCGCUCGCCGCCACUCUUGUACAGCAGUGGGCGCGCACGUAUACAUUGGAUUCCAGUGGGCACAUCAACAUCGGGAAGCGCGGUCUCGUUCAUGCGGCGCUUGAGCUCGGGAUCGAACGUUUCGGCAUGGAGAACACUACCAUCGUCAUGACAUUUCUGCUUCACGUAUCGGUCUUCCUAUUCUAUGGAGGGCUCUUGAUCUUCUUGUUCACCACGAACAUGCUUCUUGCUCGGGUCUUUGCUGCUUUGCUGGGCACCGCCGGCCUGAUAUACUUAGGCUUGAGUCUAAUGCCCAUUGUAGUUUGCGACUCUCCGUACCACACACGUUUCAGCCCACUCAUCGUGCCUAUCAGGCACGUUUUACUAUCUCUCCUCAUGCCUAUAUUGGAAGUGGCUACCGAUCAUAUCUCUUCUGACUGGCUCAUAGACCUGUGGGCUUGGUAUACAAAUGAUGGUCAUGGAAACCUACCUCCAGAGCGAAUCUUGCUCAGGUCACGAAAAAUGAAGAUAGCGGACAUCAUAUCCCCUCAGACCCGGUUUGCGUGGCAUAAGUCCGCGUUCAAACGUCUGGUACAAUCGGCGGAUGAGCUACACGAGAUAUUAUCCUUUUGGGAGGGUUACACCCUCUUCGUAGACUCCCCGCAGACAGACCGUGAGCUGGUGAAAGACUUGCAGGGUAUAGCAAUCCCGAAGACGGGUCUGAAUGUAUUCCAUCACAUCCGCGCAUUACUUCAGUCUUUGAAUAGCGACAACACUCAUUUCGCUCGUAUCGCGGUCGUUGUCUGCACUCUGACUCGACACGUCCUUCAUUUCUACGGUGUCCGUGGUGAUUCAAUUAGGAAGACACUAGAGAUUCUGGCGCUCGCAGGCAGCGAGUUGGGUUAUUAUGAUGACUCUCGUAAAGCAUUGGGGUCGAGACAAGCAUGCCAAUUGUACUUUGCCGAAGUACAAAUCAUGCUUCUGCAACUAGGCUCCCGCUCCCAUUCUUGGUUUGAUGACGAGGCAUACAGUCUUGCUUUAGAUCGCCUUCGACUGGUCGGUGCUCUUCACUUAGGUACCGUGACUUCGACCACCGUGCGUGAUAUAGACCUCCAGGCUUGCCUCGUGGACAACUUCAUAGGACUAUUUUGGCAUGUACUGGACUGGGUUAAUGUCCUAGGGCUUGAUAAAAUUUCGGCCACUUUUCAAGGACAGGGAACAUCAUGGCUCAGCAUGGUCCAGAAUGUCUGUGACCAUGCUGUUGCAUCUGCUUGGGAGAAAGAGACAGCCAACCUCUUUAUCGAGACGUAUCAGGGAAUUCAUCGUCUACGGCCAGAUUCAGACGUCGGGAACCUGCUUUCUCGACUAGGGAUCGCCGAUUACAACGAUCUCGACAAUCAGGAGUACACCGAGGACGAUUCGUUGAACGUAAUGCCCUUCGGCGCUGUGAAGACAAGAUACCGGCCAUUCUUCGUAGCCCAUCCUGAGUUCGCGCGGAUGCUAUACGCGCUGUGCGCGAUGCUUGUCGAUCACAAGGACGUCACGGCCUCCUCGGUGAAACCACUGGCUUCGUCACAUUCUUCGUUUCAACGGUAUUCUCCUGCGAUGUCCUUUUCUCUGCAUGGCAGAGGUCAUAGUGACGGCGCAUCGCACACAAGUUCGCGCCUAUCUGGUACGCCUGCGCGGCACGACGUACCGGAAGUAUCAGUUGAAAUGGACUCGAGCUCUGUCGUAUCGAACUCGCCUGAUCCUUCGCGCUUCGGGUCGGCGUCCCAGGCUGCCACCCCGCAUCCCGGAAAGGUCAACGGACUGCAUGAACGCAACGGGAUUCAAAGGCUCGCUCUGCCUCCAUCCUUCACGCUGAACGGAGAGUUUGAAAGCGACGGGUCGCCAAGUGUUACAGGAGAUCGGAGCGAAGGACAUGGACUACAUUUGGCUAGUGUCGCCCCCGGCCACGUGCAGAUGCAUGGAUAUCCGCUGAGAAGGAGGGACGACUCUCCGUCCAGAUUCACACAGGCAGGGAUAGAUGACCUGGAGCCGAGUAAUGUCCUCACCACAGCUCAAUACGGCGUAAGAACGGCUGAAGAUGAAGGGCCAGCAAACCCUGAUUCUUUAUCGCUGCACUCCGAAGCAUGCGAUACCGACACGGUCCCUGAGAUAUCGAUACAACCGGACUCAAGCACCGAUGAAAGCAUAGAUGGAGAGCCUGGGGGCGCAUCAGAGGAUGUGGGACUUGGUUACGAAGAGGCAGGAAGCGAGACGCAGGACCAACGGCGAGAUGCGGAAGAUAUGGUUUGA